AUGGACACCAUCAGUCGAUUGUCGGAUGACUUGCUCGUUCGAAUACUGUCAUUUAAUCCGACAAAAGAUGUCAUUCUCACGAGUCCUUUGUCCAAAAGAUGGCGAUCUCUUUGGACCUUGGUGCCAAAACUCGAAUAUGAAUGUAUUCAAAAUCAGGAGCAAAAAUUCACAAAAUUUGUUUACAGGACUACGCUACUAAAUAAGGCACCACUACUCGAGAGGUUGGAUCUCAAGAUUCACAAACUUGGUCCUGAAUGUAACGCCGUAGAUGUUGGAAUAUGGAUUGACAUCGCAGUUAGUCGCAAAGUGAGUGCGCUUGAAAUUGAUAUUUGUCUUUACCGCGAAGGGUCUAUCAGUUGUUUCCCUCGUAGCCUCUAUUCAUGUGAAACGCUUGAGAGCUUGAAACUCACCAAUCACCAUUCCUUUCUUGUGGAUGUUCCUUCUGCGGUUAAUCUCCCUUCCCUCAGAAAAAUGUGGCUUAUGGUUGUUGACUUGGCAGUCAAUGCAUCUCUCCAUAGGGUUUUAUCCGGUUGCCCUAAUCUUGAAGAGUUGACUUUAACCCGAGAAGAUUGCGUGAAAGGCGUAGACCAGAGUAUGGAUUUCACUAUUGAUGUGCCUUCCUUGAAAAUAUUAUCUGUGAUUGAUAAAAGGAGUUCUGGAGAGAGUAGCAACGGAUAUGUGAUCAAUGCUCCUUCAUUGACGCACCUUAGAGUCAACGAUGAUUUGCUUUACGACAACCGUCGAAUGAAGCAUAUGCCUGAGUUGGUGACAGCAGAUGUUGGGAUUACUAAUGGAGUUUCUAACCACAAGUUUCUUAAAGCUCUUACUUGUGUCACACGCCUUGAUCUAUGUUUAUCACUUUCUGAGGUUGCGGAUCCUCCUGAAAUGACAUUCCAUCAGCUUGUUGAGCUUAAUUUAAGCACAUGUGUUCAAGGUUGGUGGGAUCUUCUUACUCAUAUGCUCCAAAAUUCACCCAAACUACAAAUUCUCAAACUCGUCAAUGUCAGGAACCAUCGCGUAAAAGAUCAGUCUAGUAUUGGGACCCCGGAUGACUGGAAGCGGCCGAGUUCUGUUCCCGAGUGUUUGCUGAACUGUUUUGAAACUUUCAAGUGGUGUGGAUAUAAAGGGAGACAAGGAGAUAAAGAAGUGGCAACAUUUGUCCUAACGAAUGCUAUUCAUUUGAAGAGCGCGACUUUUCUUCUAGAGUCAACUGAUUUUAAAGAGAAGUAUGAGAUGGUCAAGGAGUUAGCAUCUCUACCUACGCCUUCACCGUCAUCUCAGCUUCUGUUCGACUGA